AUCAACAAAUUCAUUUCGCGACUCGCUGUUGUUGGCAUUUUUUUUUUCCAAUUUGUAGCUAAUGUUCUGGUACAAUAUAGAGAAAUUGGUACUUCUGUACUUAAAAGUAUUGUGGUCUUUGGAUGGAUUGCAAUAAAGAGUGGCGAUAAUAGGGUAACUUACGUUACGUACCUGCGUACUGACGUAACUUGCAAUCUGGCACGCCACCGCACCUCUGAUUACCCUGCGUGGGUUCGAAUUCCAUGUGGGGUUUAUUAUAUGCGAGAGGAUUGCUGGACUCCUCGCUGCCGUAGGGUGGUUCCCGUAUCCGCUGGGAGGUUAUGGCUUCCUCCACCAUCAAGUCCAUGCAUCUGAAAACAAAUAAUUGGCUAACUACUCCUAUACCAGCAUACCCUAUAUCAGAGUUUCCCAAACUUUUUGGGCCGCGGACCUCUGUUUGUGAAUUUUAUUUGUGACGGACCCCCAUCCUAUGCCGUAUCAAUUUCUUUGUCUAACUAACGAGAAAAGAUGAUGUUUCCUUUGACGAAAUAAAACUCAUGAAAGUCUGAUUCAAUACAUAUUGAAGUUAUAAUACUGGUAGACCAAUGGCAAUUCGAUAAGAUGCCCCUCCUUCCUUGCAGCAACGGUAACAGGCUCAAAUGUCUUAGCAAAGUCGUACAAGUUAUCGACUGGUGAUAACUCAGUAACCCAUUCAAUCAAUUAUUACCAACGAUGUAGCCCUGUGACGGAGCUCUACCUCAUAGACGCCAAAAGUAAGAAUCGUUCUACAACAUCUUUUCACCCCCAACAAUAACGAUUUGUGAUUGCAUGAACUUAUGACUUUAUCUCCUUUACGAAUGAAAUGGUACAAUCUAUGUGUUUCAUGACUCAUCGUUCAUAUCGUUGCGGACACCCUGUGCAGUCAUCACGGACCCCAGUUUGGGAAACCCUGCCCAAUGUGGACUGGUAGCUGGACGAGAGGCCGUGGUUCGCCAUAUGAAUAACCGGUCUCAUCGACUUUCCUCUUCCCUGGGAUAAAUAUGUAAAUCCUGUCUUAUAUCUGUAUAUAUGCUGAUAUCAGUCAGUGUCAGUAGCCUGGUGUGGAAGGUUUUUUUUGUAAUGAUCAAUUGAUAAUUUCGAUUUCAAAAUAAUAUUAGCGGUUAAGAUUUACAUUUGAUGCUAAAUAUCUUCUGUUAAUCAUGAUACCACUGAGAACAUUACUAUAAUUAACAACAUCAGUGUUCUAAGUUUCGUAAAGAUUAAAAACUGAAUUUUAUAUUUCCAUCCUUCCAAGACAUUUGAAAUAAGUCAAAUACUGUAUCAGAUUGAAUUGGUCAUUAAAUCAGCUUAUAUGUUUUAAAAUUAUAACAGCCUGAAAGUUCAAUACAAUCUUUGUAUUUUGUCGUAUUUUUUUGUUUAUUUUGGGCCCAAGCGUGGUUUAACUAGAUUUGAACUGGUUAGCGGGCACAUGAUAUUUUCAUGUUUUAAAUUGUUUUAAAAGUUGUUCUGAUGCUCCAGAAUUCUCCGUUUUUAAUUAUGGAGUUUUCUAUAGGCAUUAUCUAUUUAUUAAUUUUCUACUAUUUUUUUGUCUUGCCUGUACUGUACCCCUUUUGCCAUUAUAUUAUUAGUAUUGGUGCAUUAGGAGUGCACAUUGAUUUCAGGAUUUAUUUUCAUAUAUUUUUAAAUUUAUCAGUUGACCAAUCAGGGAAGUAAGGGACAUUUUUGUUUUUUUCGCACAAUUAUCUGGCUGGAAUUAAUAGUGGCCGACUCUGAUUACCUUAGUUUGGUCAUUUCGCUGUAGGCUGUAUCACCAUCUCCCAGUCUGUAUGGAAAUACCGAAAUAAGUGCAGUAUCCUCCCAGUCUGUAUGGAAAUAUCGAAAUAAGUGUAGUAUCAUUUAUUAUGUAGACAUGUAAUUUUAUUCCUGUAUUUUGGUUGAGAAAUACUGAAAUAUAAAUUGCCAAACAUGCUAAAUGCUGUUAUAAAGCUAAUGUAACUUAUCACCUUUUUCAGUUUUCACCCUUUUCGGUAAUUACAUAAAACUUAACAAAAACUCAGCCAAUAGCAAUUUCCGGAUUCAAGGCAAUAUUCAAAAAUGGCAGUGCAAGGUAUUGAUAAUUUUGAAGAAUCGGGAAUAUUUCAUCAAAGUCUGUCAAUAUGGAAGGGAAUUUGUCACAGUGCAGAUGGAACAUUUGUUUAUGAAGAUGAUAAUUUUGAUCCCAUUUCUCUUGAUCUCCACACGUCUGCUUCUAUUGGUGAAACUGAAUUAGUUCAAGAUAUAUUAGACAGGAAACAGGUCAAAGUUAAUGGAUUGAAUAGAGGAGGGUGGUCACCAUUAAUGUAUGCCGCUUACAUGGGACAUCAAGAAACAAUUAAUCUUUUGGUUGAGACUGGGGCUGAUAUAAAUCAAAGAACUCCACAGGGUUCAACAUCAUUAAUAUUGGCUGCUAUGUGUGGUUACGAUGCAGUGAUGCCGUUUUUAUUACAGAAUGGAGCAGAUUUGGAAGCAAAAGAUAAUCGUGGUUGGACUGCCUUAUUUCAUGCUGCUAGUUCUGGUCAUCAACAAACCACUGAAUUUUUAAUCAAAGCCGGUGCUAAUUUAGAAGUUGUUGAGCCAAAUCAUCAUUUGACACCGAUUAUGGAGGCAGCUGCAUCGGGUCACGAAAUGAUUGUUCAACAACUUCUUCAGCAGGGUGUUGAUGUGAACAGGGUAGAUAUUAAUGGUGAAAAUGCACAGACUUUGGCUUGUGAGUACGGUCAUAUUGAAGUUGCAAACCUCAUUGAAAAUUUUGAAGGAUAUCAGAAAAAAUCAAAAGGCAAAAAAACUAAUCGAAACAAUUUGAACAACACAGCAUAUCAAAGACAAUCAAAUGCUAAUAACAAUAAUUAUAGUUCAUCUGGACCUAGCAUACACGAUGGACCAAAAGCUUUUGCGCAGAUGACUGGUUUAGGUGCCGAUGGAAAACCAAAACCCAGUGGACAAUUUCCCUUAUUUUUGCCAGAACCUUCGCCUCAACAACAACGAAUACAGGAACCAAAAUUUGAAUCAAAGUGGACCGGUUGUAAGGACCUUCCCUCAUUUCUAGAAGAGAUUGGAUGCAGCAAACACUUGCCAAUAUUCAAAGAACAAGAUAUCGAUUUGAGAAUUUUUUUAACUUUAACAGAAGCUGAAUUGAAAGAAAUAGGAGUAAAGUUAUUCGGUCCUAGACGAAAAAUGGUUGCGGCUAUUGCACGAGUAAACAGUUCUAUACAAGCAAGUUUAAUAGAUAGAACAGAAGUUGCAUACUGUGAUUCAUUAUUAUUCAGAAUAAAGGAUAUGGAAACCAAACUGAAAGAGUGUCAAGAAACAGUAACUGAUCUGUCUGCACAACUUGCACAAGAAAGACAGUUAAGAUCUGUUGCUGAAAGUGUUCUCAUGGAACAAAAAGAAUCGAAAUCAUCAAUGCAUAGAUGCACUGACAAAAUCAUAGUUGAACACGGAAAUCUCAUAAGAAUUGCUGAUCAGAUCAGAUCUUAUUAUGCAAAAAGUAAUCUGAGCAAAGGUAGACACCAGAGCAACACCAAUACACAAAUAUCCAAUUAUAGGACGGUUGAUCAGGAAUAUCCUAAACUUAGCCAAGAAUUUGACAUGGCUUUACAUCAUUCAAGAGCAUGUUUAUUGGAAAUGCAGAGAGUUUUGCAAGUACAUGGUUCAAAUUCUAUACCAACUGGUAAAGGGGACAUUCAGUGGAAAGAGAGGGGUUGAACAAAAUACCAGCUUUAUGAUAUCUGAAGCUUACCUGAUUUUAUUGCAGUAUUUUUGUACAAGUCAAUAAAACAUGACGCGAUUCCUGGGCUAAUGAAAAAACCCAUAAUCAGAGUUUAUUGAUUGUCGUUUUGUCAUUCGAAGCCACUGAUUUGAAAAAUGAACCCGUAUUUUUGAUAUGAUUAUGUUAUAUCACAUUUGAUGUUGAAAUGUACUUCCAAUUACCUCGUAAAGAUUAUUGUCAAAAAUAUUGCUUUGCUACCGAGUAUGAAUUUUGCAAUAUUUCUAAUCGGGGUCGUGAGUGCUCAAAGCAAAUUAGACCUUAGUUGGGUGAUUCUUUUCUGUCGAAAUCACUUUCAAGACUUUUUCGAUUGCCAAAUCACUAUUGCUUUUCAAGAACGCUUUACUAUUAUUAGCAGUUUAUUGCAAAAAUAACUUGUUUUCGAGACUAGUAUAUCUUGUAAAAAAGUCUUUUUGAAUCUUAUUAUCUCAUUUUUUGAAUAGGAGCAGAAUUGUUUCCUCUAGCGUAAAACGUUAUUACAGAGUUAGAAAGUGUGUGCUAAAAUUUGUCUUGAAUUUGUAGAAUUUGUAGAAUUAUACUAAUUAUAAUAUUUUUAUAAAGUGCGGACUACACACAUGCCGUUAGCCACGGUUACCUAAGUCGUUGCUAGUUUCUGAUAAACCUGUAUUUUCUUUGCACACCCAACAAUCACAAUUACUGAAGUUUCAUUUUUCUAGAUUUUAUGCUUGAUAAUUCUUGUUCUAUUUCGUAUGCACAAAAUUAGGUAUUGCAUUUAUUAUUUCAGUAUUUUAUGUGUUUUUCAUUUUUCUGGUAUCUCGUGAACUGCCAUGCUAGGUCGGAUUUUUUUUCUAUUAACCUUAAUUUGCCCUAUUGAAGAAACCAAAUAUCGUUUAGAAUGGAAAUUUCUGGUUCUUAAUCAUCACUGUCCCGACCUUGUACCAUAAAGGAUUAUACGUGAACUUUUCUGCUUUCUGGGAGCAACGUAUUGCUCGUACUGGUAUUUACAUGGAAUGCUUUUAAAUUUGUAGCAAUUUUUGGGAAGCGAAAAAUUUAGCCAAAAUAGUUCUUUCUGGCGCGAAUGCUCCAUAUUUUUCAUUAUUCCACCUAUAUUGUAUUUUCAUCUCAGUUAUAUUAUUUAUAAUGUUGCAUUUUUAAUUUAGCAUCUAUGAAAUGGACUUUCCUCAGAUAUAUUUUCUUAACAUUCUGGUAACUUAUGGUCAUUUCGAUUUGCAAAAACCAUAAGGUAAAUUUUUGUACCUGUGGGUAUUAUAAUUACUGCCUUCGUAUAAGAUGAUACCAACGAUUGUUUUAAGAAUAUCCACUGUACUUUCUAUUUGCCUCGGUGAUGUGAAUUGGGAUUUUGUCAGUUAUAAUUAAAUCAUCACAUCCUGAAAAUA